CUCAUUCUCGGUUUCUCCACAAACAUUUUCUCGCUCUCUCUCUCUCUCUUUUCUGGUUACUAUUUCAAGUUGGCAUCUUUCCACGCGCUCUCUCUCUAUCUGUGAGGGAGCUUGUGGAUUGGGCCUGGGGGCUUUUGCUUUUCUCUGUUGGGUUUUGGACCCUUCAACCUGCAAAGUUGGUUUCCUUGGGAGAAUCCUGCGGAAGCUCUCAUUAUCAAUCUGUAUGUUAGCUGCCAGUUCGUCGGAAAGUUGAUGCCAUAGAUUCAUGAAAAGUCUGAGACCCGGAAUCAAAUAGUAAGUGCGGCUCGGCUAAGCAUUUAAGGCAUCUAGAAGUUCUUUCUGGGGAUCAGUUAAAGGGAGCUGCCCCUGAAGCCCUGAGCGAAGAGUCAGUAUUUGGGGCUUGGACUGCUUUGCGUUUUCGCUUCAGUCCGUGUCCUAGUAGAGGAAUACAUGGGUAUGGAUCCUCGGCUGCGCGGGUUCCCAGUUGCGGUGAAUGGAAUCUCAUUCAGUAAUAAUCAACCUCUUCCCUUUUUCCCGGAUCAGACCUUAGCAGCGGUGCCGAGGUUCGGGAAUGCCUCUGUGGACAAUGGUUUUCGAGGAGGAAUCCAAUAUCAUCCUCCGGAGAUGACUCGGGAUAGUCUACCCCCAUGUUCGAGUGGGGCGCAGGAGGAGUUCCCGGAAGAUUGCGAUUUCUCCGAUACCAUGUUGAGUUACAUAAGGCAGAUGCUGAUGGAAGAAGAUAUGGAGGAGAAGACCUGCAUGCUUCAAGAUUCCUUGGACCUCCAAGCUGCUGAGAAAUCGCUCUAUGAGGCUAUUGGAAAAAAGUAUCCUCCCUCACCGGAAGUCAUCCCGAGCUGUAGCCAUACUGCACAUCCAACCAGUGAAGUUCCAGACGACGAGUUCUCUUGCAAUUUUUCGAAUCCGUAUCAGUACAAUUAUAGUGGGAUCUCAGUAGCUAGAAAUUUUUCAACUUAUGGAUCAACACCUCAGUCAUCUUACAGCCCGUCGAACAGUGCAUUUAGUAGGGUAGAUGGGCUCGUGGAUUCUCCGGGCAGCAUUCUCCAGGAACCUGAUUUAGCGAGUGAGAGCCAGUUGGUUUGGCAGUUCAGGAAGGGGGUUAAGGAAGCUAGUAAGUUCCUUCCUAGUGGUAACGGGUUCCUUGACAAUAUAGAGUUGAAGGGAAUUCUGUCACGGAACCUGAAAGUGAAACAUGAUGAGGGUCUAGUGAAGGUAGAGAGAGGCGAUGAGGUUGAGUGCUUGAACUCCCCAAAUGGGUCACGGGGAAGGAAGAAUCGUCCUCAGCGAGAGGAAGGAGACAUGGAGGAGGAGAGAAGUAGCAAGCAAGCAGCUGUCUUUGCUGAACCAAUCGUUCGAUCAGAGAUGUUUGAUGCCGUCCUUCUGUGCAACCACAGUGGAGGUAAGAACCACCUGGCACUUCUUCGAGAGGCCUUGAAAAAUGGGACAAACCCAAACAUGCUUCAGAAUGGACAACCUAAAGAGCUCGAUGGAGGAAAAGGGAGGGGAAAGAAGCACGGCCGGAAGAAGGAGGUUGUGGACUUGAGAACGCUAUUAAUUAAUUGUGCUCAGGCAGUUGCUACUGAUGAUCGAACAAGCACAAGCCAGUUCCUAAAGCAGAUUAGGCAGCAUGCGUCUCCUUUCGGGGAUGGGAACCAGAGGUUGGCGCACUGUCUCGGUGAUGGACUUGAAGCCAGGUUGGCUGGUACGGGAAGUCAGAUCUACAAAGGCCUCAUCAGUAAGAGAACUGCUGCUGCUGAUAUCUUGAAAGCGUACCAUCUCUUCCUGGCUGCCUGCCCAUUCAGGAAACUGUCAAACUUUGUGUCGAACAAGACUAUAAUCAAUGCAGCAGCAGAUUCCAUGAGGAUUCAUAUAAUCGAUUUCGGGAUCCUUUAUGGAUUCCAGUGGCCCACGCUGAUACAGCGACUGUCAAUGAGGCCAGGGGGCCCGCCCAGGAUUCGAAUCACUGGGAUUGAGUUCCCCCAGCCUGGGUUCAGGCCAGCGGAGCGGGUGGAGGAGACGGGCCAUCGGCUCAAGGCGUAUGCGGAGAAGUUCGGUGUCCCAUUUGAGUACACUGCGAUAGCAAAGAAGUGGGAAACAAUUAAAGUGGAAGAGCUCAAAAUCGACAGGGACGAGUUUCUUGUGGUCAACUGUUUGUACCGGGCAAAGAACCUGCUCGAUGAGACUGUUGCUGUGGACAGCCCGAGAAACAUGGUCCUCAACUUGAUCAGGAAGAUCAAUCCCGAUAUCUUCAUCCAUGGGAUUGUAAAUGGUUCCUACAAUGCCCCCUUCUUUGUCACACGAUUUCGGGAGGCUCUAUUCCACUUCUCGGCCCUUUUUGAUAUGCUCGAGACUCUUGUUCCUAGAGAGAAUCUGGAGAGGAUGCUGAUCGAGAAGGAGAUCUUUGGGAGGGAGGCUUUGAAUGUAAUAGCAUGCGAGGGGUGGGAGAGAGUUGAGAGGCCAGAGACGUACAAGCAGUGGCAGGUCCGGGACAUGCGGGCUGGGUUUGUCCAGGUGCCAUUCGAUCCGGAGAUCGUGCAGAGGGCAAGUGAUCGAGUAAGGUUGAACUACCACAAGGACUUUCUGAUCGAUGAGGAUAUCCGCUGGCUAUUGCAGGGCUGGAAGGGCCGAAUCAUUUUCGCCCUCUCGUGUUGGAAACCAGCAUAGAGAGGAUCCAAGACCAUCAUAUUUGGUUUCUUGGCCCGCACUCGUAGGGAUUGAUGCUCGAUCUCGUGAAUCCUAUGGGAACCUUGAACAAAUCCUGGUACAUUAUUCCAAUCUGAAUUCCCAACUAAGAUCCACCUCUGCCAACUGCUUGAAGAUGAAACAGAAUAUGUUAUCAUGGAUUUCAGCUAACACCGAGGAGAAGCAUGUAGAGAUAUACGCGAAUACGAUACCAUUGAUUUUAGCUAACAUUGAUGGCUAGCAUAAUGGGCUAAAAAUUGCUUGGUAUUGCAUGGGUGUGUGCAUUCCGGUGAAGGAGCAAAAUCCAUGGAGGAGAGAUCGACUGUAAGAGGCCUUGGCCCCUGUUCCUCGAGGAGGUCCUUGAAUCGGUCCAUCUAAUCGAUUUAAUUCCACAAACAGAGGUAUAGCAGUCUUGACUUAGAAAAGCAGCCCGAUGUUCUACUAUGUUCCAUAGAGAUGUAUUUGGCAAGAUAUUUUCAGUGAUAAAUCCUUUAUUAGUUCGACAAAUUUCCACCUCAAUGUUUUGGGGUUGAGGAUAAUGCUUUGUUGGGUGGGUGGGGAAUAAGGCAAGCUGUGCUAUUUCCGGAUUCCUAAGGACAACUCUACCUUAUCUUGAUUGUCAUCCGAUAAAUUUCCGUGGUGACGUCUUUAUCGUACUCUGUUCGUAUGUUGAAAAGGCAGAAGUUUGCAUGAAAGGCUUGAAUCAAA